CCCGUGCUGCAUUUCCUUGGUAAGGAAAGGGCUGGAAAGCGAAUGCUGUCGUACAUUGUUGCGCCGCCUCAAAUACUGAGCUUACACCUAAUAUUUGGUUGAUUCAAAACGCAACAGAGUUUCUUCCUGCGAACAUUUCCCUUCUGUUUCCUGAAGUGGCAUAUCGCCACUCGCUUAAAGGCUUGACGCCUCGUUCUUUCAACUAGAAAAAUCGAGCAUCACGGAAUGAAGCGUCCUCGGCCUAACGAGGACAGCCUGGAGCAGCCGGGCAUGGCCGCGGGCGGGGCCGGGGCCGGGGCUCAGAUUUCGGACGGUUUCCCUUGUGUCAGGCUACGGGGGCUGCCGUUUGAUGUCAUGGAAGGGGACAUCAAAAUGUUUCUGGAGCUGGAACCGGUGGAUAUCCUCAUGGUGAAGCGGGAUGGGCGGUUCUCGGGGGAGGCUUUCGUGGUCCUGGGCUCCCUGCAGCUGGUCGAGGCCGCGUUGCAGAAGCACCGCCAGUUCAUCGGGCAACGAUUCAUCGAGAUUUUCCCUGCACAAAAGCGGGACUACUACAGGGCAGUAUGUCAAUACUGUGGUGCUGACCGAUAUGGAGGAAUGGGCAUGAUGGAUCCUUCCAUGGCCGGCUACAACCCGAUGAUGGGGGGAUACGACCCGUCCAUGAUGGGCAUGGGAAUGGACAUGAACAUGAUGGGCUACGGGCAGGGCUACGGGCAGCAAGGCAUGGGGAUGGGCAUGGGUGGCCGCGGUGGGAUGGGCGGCAUGGGCGGUGGUACCACCUGGCUGAAGCUGCGCGGCCUUCCUUUCGCGGCUGUCCCUGACGACAUCAUCGCCUUCUUCGACGAUGGCACCCUCGGCAUUCCCCGGAUAGACCCCUCCAAGGUCCACAUGUGGACGGACGGCGGGCGGCCCACCGGCAUGGCGCUGGUUCAGUUCAGCACGCCGCAGGAGGCCAGCAUGGCUCGCAACAAGGACAAGGGGCUCAUGGGCACGCGCUACGUGGAGAUCUUCCCUGCAACGCGGGGAGACCUCGAAAAGUUCAUGGCGCGGACCGGUGAGAACAUCCCCAUGUAAGCUCCAGGAUAUAAAGGCGACGUUUCACGACAAGAUCGGGUAGAUGAGUCCACGGUUGGGUGGCGCUACUUGCUGUGCAUAACCUGUUUCUCCUGCCAUGGGGGGGUGUUGUUCAUUCUGUUACCCUCUCGAGAGGUUUGUGCCCGGUUGCCUACGAGCCAUGAAGGUGCAUGCAAGGGCUUUGUUCCUUACCGAGGUCUCCGGGUGGUAUGGGUGUUUAGCUGAGCUGCAUUUUACACAAGGCAAGCUGUGAGCAUGGGAGAGAGAUGGGCAACAUCAUACGUACUUUGCGCGCGGACGCCAAACCCCGUGGGUUUGUGGCUCGUUUUACCUAGACGAUAUGCUGACCCACAGCUGUUGUAGAGAGGGGCAGUUGCUGCCGCAUGCUCGACAGGAGCAUGGUGGUUAUGCAGGACAAUGUUAACCGCAUGGACUCUUUUGCAUGUACGCAUUGCACUUGGAUAGCAAGCACUUCUUGUGUUUGCGAUAUUGCUUUUAAGACUUCUGUACCUGGCGUUUGGAUACCAAGAGAACGGGUACUGGUAACCUGCUUCAGCGCCAGGCAACGGCUGAUGCGCUUCACUCAUGACCACCUCCCCUGCAGAGUGCCGUAUCAUACACGUACUAUCA